CCCGUCUCGAUACCAACAGACCAGCACGACCAACUCUGACAACAGAUGGCUCUUCUCGUUUCUUCCAUCUUCAAUCAAUCUCUCUAUGAUCUUGAGGUUGUAUAUUAACCGUCAUCAUAUCUACAGAAUUUGUAUCCUAUAACAACAUCAUUUCAACAUGCCUACCGACCCUUCUAACCCCGCCAGUUCUCACUCUGAGAAGGGCAACAGACACUCGUUCUCAUCUCAGGGAAGCAAUGAAAGCCAUCAUUCUGAAGACAAAUCCCAGAAAGCUAGUAUCUUUGACUUCCUUUCAAAGGGUCCUCAGAUCUCAAACAACAUGCCUCCCAAAGUACCACGAGAGGAACUCGAAGCUCGAAAGAAACAGCUGAAUAAGUAAAAAGUUAUUUGUCACUUGUCAAUUUUUAUCGGACGAAAACAUGUUAAAUACUCAAAAGGAUAUGUUGUGUACUUUACUUCAAUAGUUGUGAUAUAAGCCAGUAAUAUAUAUGUCGCGUGCUCUUCUAAUUAACCGAAUGUCAAUAGUAAUAAUGCAUUGAAUACGAACAACUUGGUCUAAAAACCCCAUUUG